GCCGCCUUUUCCACCUUCAUCACAGCUACUCUCAACCACCACACUCCCCUUCUCCCUCUACUACCACUACUGCUCCGUGUUUAGAGACGUUCUAUCGUCCUCGUCUCCUCUUCUCUUUCAAUACCUUCCACUGCUUUUAUACCCACUUUCACAACCCCACAUCAACAUGCUUGAGGCACGAUUGGAACAGGCCGCCCUCCUGAAGCGCGUUGUCGACGCCAUCAAGGACCUCGUCCAGGACUGCAACUUCGACUGCAAUGACUCCGGUAUCGCCCUCCAGGCUAUGGAUAACUCGCAUGUUGCCCUUGUCUCCAUGCUCCUCCGUGCCGAGGGUUUCUCGCCUUACCGCUGCGACCGUAACAUUGCCCUCGGUAUCAACCUGGUCUCUCUCACCAAGGUCCUGCGCGCUGCCCAGAAUGAAGACAUCCUGACGCUGAAGGCCGAGGACUCUCCCGAUGCCGUUAACCUGAUGUUCGAGAGCGCCGAGACUGAUCGUCUCAGCGAGUAUGAUAUUAAGCUCAUGGAUAUUGACCAGGAGCACCUGGCCAUUCCCGAGACGGAAUAUGCUGCUACCGUUGAGAUGCCUUCCAUGGAGUUCCAGCGUAUUUGCAAGGACCUGAACGCUCUCUCCGAGUCUGUCGUCAUCGAGGCCAGCAAAGAGGGUGUCAAGUUCUCCUGCACCGGUGACAUUGGUAACGGCUCCGUUACCAUCCGCCAGCACACCAAUGUCGAAAAGCCCGACCAGAACGUUACCAUUGACCUCUCCGAGCCCGUUGCCCUGACUUUCUCCCUCAAGUACCUCGUCAACUUCUGCAAGGCCUCCAACCUGUCCAGCUCCGUAAGGCUGAACCUGUCCCAGGAGGUGCCUCUAUUGGUGGAGUACCCUCUUGGUAGCGGCCACCUGCGCUUCUACCUCGCCCCUAAGAUCGGCGAUGAGGAGUAAAUCACAUGAACUGGUCAAGACCAGACAAAAUGAAGCCCCUACGAUAAUGGAGAUUCCCUGACGGAGGCAAUGACCUGUUUAUUUUCUUGUUUCUCUGCUUUUUGUCCCGAAUUAGAAGGGAUGGCAAAGCCUUUGUUUUAUCUAUGCUAGUUUAUUCCAAUCACCUCCCGAGUGGCCUUAAGAGGGCUCUCGGUUUCUAUGUACCCAACCACCUGUCCUGUUACGAAGAGUAGAAAAUUUCUGCACUGGUAUACUGGUGCAAUACACUUGAAGAUUCUACUUGAGACGAUGACAUAAUACCAAGGCAUGAAAGAUUGAUUUGCUGCGUCCAAAGUAAGGCUGUAUAUACUAAUCUUCAUACCCAGACACUCAUCUCAACCACCAGUGUCCAAACCCACACACCAUGCAACGUCAAGGACCCUUGAAGGGGCAAACCUAACGGGAACAUGGCCCGCAACCCCACUAAUUAGCAGAGUCGCCAAAAAACAAUCCUUUUCAGACCCACUCCCGGCGCACAACAUAGCACCAUGCUAAGUGAAGGAGGGGGUAAAUAAUCAAAAUACUGACCUAAGAAGAAAAAAAAGGUGAAGCGCCAUCCCCACCAGAAUGAUCGGAAUCGAAUGAUACCGCUCUCACCUCCCGAAAGAGACAAGAGCACAGUAUGCUGCGUAUUGCACUAAAGUGUCAUCACACACAAUCUCCGCACCGACUCUCCCAUAGGGUAUCGAAGCCAGUAGAACUGGCUCGGGUCCCCCGAUGUUUCUGAUGCCGAAUGCAGGUGUGUCGAGUAGGUCACACCAGGCCCUCGCGGGCAGCACCGGCCCUCGGACUUCGCGAACGAAGAGAGGGCGGGUUGGGGUUGUUGAAGAUUUCUCCGAAUUUCUCAUUUGCAAAGGGUCUCGGGCUGGGGAUGAGCCCAGGUACCGAGGACAGGGGGCGAGGCCCCGCUAUCGUGUGUAGCAAAGAAACGCAGCAUUGGCAGGG